UCUGCGUUGAAACGACCAUGUGGGGAAUUCCGAUUUAUGCUCAUUUGUGCUCAGCUCCAGCUGCUGUUGAACAGCACAUACAUGCAUGUGCAUAAAAGUUAAACCAAUGGGUGCAGAAGCGCCCCAUUGCGCUUCUUUUGAGGAGAAUCACAAUUUCUGGUGGAAUGGUGCAACUUAGAGACGACGAUCACAUCUGUUUGUGUACUCUACAAACACAACAGGACGUAGCAUACCAACAGACUCACCAAGAUGCAGAAUUGAACAUAGUGGCAGGUGCGAGGCUCUUGACAGUGCGGAUUGCCAGCCUCGCGACACAAUUUAAUGUCAGGGGCGCCGUGGAGCCUGACUAAAUGAAUUAAAAGCUGCAGCUCCAAAAAUGGCUUUGUUAAGGCUGGCACUUUCCCAGGCCGCACCUGCCUCCAAGCGUCUGCGUCUGGAAUUGCCUCCAAGCCAGCUUUUUGCAAGAACCGCUCCUUAUGUUACUGCACUGUUCAAAGACGCCCGUGCAACAUUAAAACCGGACGCGCUUCGACCAUCAGAGACAGGCAGCUCUUAUGAUCGUUUUCCAUUUGUUCAAUUCCCCCACCGUGCAUCCUUUCUUCUGCACUCCCCCAGACAUGGGAGCUCGUUUGGCGCCCUCGCUCUAGGCCAAGCAUGUGCCCUCCGGACUUUCGCAAGCAGUGCGACAAGCGGGGAAGCUCUUGAUCCGCCUAGCGCUCCUCAACCAAGUGCGGCCUCUGAUGACGUGUCUGGAGCUUCUUCCUUCGUAGACACUGUCAAAGAGGGACUGGAGAAGGGCCGGCAGGGGGUGGAGACUGCCUGGGCAUCUCUACCCCCCUCCGUGCAUGAGGUCCUCAAUCCUAAAACCCCUGUAUUUGUGGUGGCAGCCCAGGAGCUCGGCCUCCUGACUGCCGUCAUCUUCACCUGGUUCAAGAUGCCGCGCUGGUUCCGCAGACUGCACGACUAUACACAAUCCCGCACCCUCCAAACCAAACGGUUCAAAAGCGAGGAAACUUCUGAGCAGUCCGGCCAGGGACCAGCCUUGCUUAUGGAGCCAGCCCCCGUCCCUUAUGAGCAGAGCAUAUGGGCUGCCGCCGAGGAGCCGGCGAGGCUGCUUGUGACAGUGGGGGCACUGGCACACCUCAUUGGGCUUGUGGCGCCUCACGCUCUGCCUCCCGAGUACCUACACAUUGCCUGGCGGGGCGCUGUAGUGGGCUCGUGGCUCUGGUUCCUGUACCGCUAUAAGAACACGUGGUUUUCACGCGCAAAGACGAACCCAGCGCUCAGCAGAGCUGAGAAGGAUCGCUAUGUAGCUGCGGAAAGGCUGUCGACGGUGGCGCUGGUCGUUCUCGGGAGCAUGGCCGUCGCGGAAACAACAGGGGUAGCGGUGCAAUCCAUCCUGACAGUCGGCGGAAUUGGGGGCGUGGCAACCGCUUUUGCUGCGCGCGACAUCCUGGGCAACUUCCUGAACGGGGCCGCCCUGUACCUGUACACACCGUUCUCCAUCGGAGACAACAUCAAGGCGGGCUCGCUCGAGGGUACUGUCGUCGACAUUGGGCUGCACUCGACGCACCUGGUUGACCAAGAUAAGCACGCCGUGGUGGUUCCCAACUCCUUUUUCUCGAACCAGGUGAUCACUAACCGGUCACGCACCGAGGGCCGCCUCCUGUCCGCAAAGAUUCCGCUUCCGCCCGGGCUGGUCGACCGGGCACCCGAGCUGACGGCGGAGCUGCGCGAGUACCUGCGGAACCGGCCCGAGGUGGCAGUUGGCAAGGAGGCGCCCAAAGUGUACCUAUCCAGCCUGGGGAGUCCGGCCAACGCGGUUCUUCUGCCGGAGGUCACGCUGACGUGUCACACCACCGUCAUGGGCUCCGCUGAAUACGGCUUGUUGCUUGAAGACAUUCUCCAUCACGCAGCGCAGCUCGUCGAGAAAAAGGAGCGAGAAGGCGAGCGGGGCUUAUCCGAGCCACAACCAUGAUGGAAUCGGGCAGACUCCUCGUGCCUCCUGGAUAGAUCCGUUCUUUGUUCACAACAAUAUGUCAUCUGUUUUUGGACACAGCAGACUCGGAGGAUAAUGCGUGCACCAGUGUCUCUUUGAAAUUUGUCACGUACCUGAAUCUAGCGGAAUAGGCGAACUCGGUUCUGGGGAGUCGCUGCACCAUUCGUCUUGUAGGUUAUAUAUGCGCUAUGCAGAUUGAGAGGGGGGCCAGCCAUCAAAUGGUCUGCGUCCAGCGCUGCUUAGCAUGCUAGUAGGGUUCUGUACAGGGUGUCUAUGUAUGCAUGCGCCGUGCUCUUCCAAGACCGUCCAUGCAUGUACCUCAUAUGGGACAGAUCAGAUUCGGAUAGUAAUUGGAGGCCAGUACCCAGAUAAGCGCGGUAGAAAUCUGUUUACAAGUAAAGGUACCUCUUUCGCAGGAUCGCUUAAACAAACAAUUGAAUACGUGUAUCAUAACAAUAAACCUGGUGGGAUUUCAAGUUAAUAAGCUUCCAAUGAAAUCUCAUAUAUUCCGUGCUGUUAGCCAAGAUAGACCAAGCGAGAGUAUGCUGCAAGCUCAGGAGGUGACUGCUUGGCAAAGGGGAAAAUGUCGGGC